AUGGCUUCAACAAGUGAAAAAGUUACAAUUGCUCUCGUUGGGGGAGGCACAAUCGCGCCUCUCCAUGCACAGUAUCUUCUCUCAUCUCCUAAUUGCGCUCUGGUCGCUCUAAUCGACCCUUUUCCUCCUGGUCAAAAUUUGGCGUUACAGCUCGGAGUACCCUAUUUCGCAUCAAUACAGGAUCUCUUAAGAUCUUCUUCUCGAAAUCCUGAUGCAUACAUAAUCUGUGUCCCAUCGAGUCUUCACGUCCAGGUGACCGAAGAUAUUCUCAAGAGGGCUUCCCCCAAAGCAAUCCUCGUGGAGAAGCCAUUCUCUACAGACUCGGAGUCCGGGGAACGGCUUGUUCAGCUUGCUCGGCAAAAGUCUUGUCAACUUCUUGUUGGUCACCACCGUCGUUUCCACCCGUCCGUGGCGCGUGCUCGUCAGGUCAUUGAGAGAGGUGAAAUCGGUGAGAUUACGGCAAUAUCUGGAUUCUGGACAGCCAAAAAGAAUGAUGGCUAUUUUACUUUCGCUGACUGGCGCUCUUCUCGUUCCGCUGGCGGGGGUCCUAUCUGGACCAAUUUUGUCCACGACAUCGAUGUAUUGCACUACUUGACAGGCACAAGGGUGGCUCGAGUGUGGGCAAUUGAGACUGUUAGUCACCGGUCACAUACACACACAUCAAGAGAUGAUCUGGUAGAAGAAGGAGCAGCAAUUAUGCUUCAGUUUACAAGUGGAGUGGUGGGUACGUUCAUUGUUAGCGACAACGUAUCCAGCCCAUUUGGGUGGGAGGCGGCAACAGGCGAUAAUCCACUUUACCCACCAGCGCCUGUGAAAGUUGAUUCCUAUAGGAUCUUCGGGACAGAUGGGGCUUUGACAGAGCCUGAUGGUACUCUAUGGAAGUACGAUGCUGAGAUCGCGACAAAAUCAGGGAAAGAACUCGGCUGGAAUGUACCCAUGCGAAGAGAACAAUUAGAGUCUUCGGAUGAGAUCCCAUUCCAACAGCAAGCAGAGCAUCUGGCUGAGGUUGUUAGAGGAGAAGCCAGUCCACGUUGUUCAGGAGAGGAUGGAUUGAAUGCUGUGAGAGUUUGCGAAGCGGUGAUUGCCGCGCUGAAGGCAAAGGAUGGUCUCCCAGUCAAUCUGUAA